AUGGCUGCCGAACAAAGGAAGAUUAUUGAACAGCUUAUGGGAAGUAACCUUUCCAAUUUUACAAGUCGAGGCCAAGUUCAUUUUACGGACCGCAAAGUGUGUAGAAGUUUUUUAUGUGGAAUAUGCCCUCAUGAUAUAUUUACAAACACAAAGAUAGAUUUAGGACCGUGUCCAAAAAUCCAUAGUGAUAAGUUGAAGUCUGACUAUGAGCGAGCCAGCUAUUCACAUAGUUAUGGUUACGAAUGGGACUAUUUAGAUGAUUUGGAAAGACAUGUUGAUGAAUGUAAUCGGAGAAUUGAUAUUGCAGAGGCAAGAAAGGAAAAAACAACAGAGGAAAUUGAACGAACAGAUGAGCUAAUGCGUGACAUGGCUCAUACAGGCCAUUCAAUUGACGUGCUGAUCGAGGAGAUGAAAGCUUUAUCCCAGAAAGGACAUAUUAGCCAGUCAAUGAAACACUAUACUGAGCUAAGUCGCCUAAGAACUCGUAGAGAGGAGUUGCAUCAAGAAGUUAUAUCUAUGAAUGAAGUCCCCAGUCAAGCUGGUACGACUCAUCAGAAGUUGCAGGUUUGUGAUGUUUGUAGUGCAUAUUUGUCUCGGCUGGAUAACGAUAGACGUUUGGCAGAUCACUUUUCAGGUAAGAUGCAUCUGGGAUAUGCGAUGCUACGAAACUUGGCCAAGGACCUUCGUGAACAAUUAGACGUACAAAACUCGAGUAAAGAUGAAGAAGAUGAACCAGAAACUGAAAAUUCAAAACACGGAGAGCAACAUUCGAAUACGCAUUCAAUGCUCCACGUAACUUGA